AUGACGGAACCGGAUGAGUUGUACACGCUUCGAGCCCAGUAUUGGUUGGGCCACUAUGGUUUAGCCAUUGAAGAGGCCAAGUCUGUUGUGAGGCGCCCCAUGAGUCCUCAGCUCAAGCUGGAACGAGAGGAAUUCUUGUUGCGAGCACAGUUGGCAUUGGGACAGUACGAUAAAGUCAUUGCGGGGGCCGCGGAAGCUGGAUCGGAUCGACCAGCCAUGCAAGCUUUGGGCUUGGCAGCCCAGUACCACUCGGCUCCCAGUGCUUCCGCCAAGGAAUCCAUUGUGGAUCAGCUCAAGGUACUCUCUGGAUCCUCUGGCACUCCAGGUGUUCAGCUCGUGGCCGCUCAGGUAUUUUUGGAGGCUGGUUUGCAAAAGGAGGCACUCCAGUGUGUUCAUUUGGGAGCCACCAUGGAGCACAUUUCCAUUGCUCUGCAAGUCUUUCUACGCAUUGAUCGUUUGGAUUUGGCCCAACAACAACUGCUCAAACUGAAACAAAAGGACGAAGAUUCCAUUUUGACCCAAUUGGGUGGAAUCUACUGCAACUUGGCGGCCGGUGCCAGUGGUGCUGCCGAUGCCGCGCACACGACCAAUGCCCUCUUUGAACAAUACGGACCUUCUCCACUCCUGUUCAAUCUCAUGGCGUGUGCCCUCAUGCUCAAGGGAUCCUAUGUCGAAGCCGAACAACGACUUCAAGAGUGCAUGCAGGAAUUCCCCGACAAUAUCAUUCCCGAUACUCUCAUCAACAUGAUUGUCUGUUCCCAACAUCAGCAAAAGCCAACGGCUCAGUGGCUCACGCAAAUGAAAACCACCUAUCCCUUGCAUGCCUUUUGUGCUGGUGUCGAUCGAGUUCAGGCGGCAUUUGAUCGUGAAGUGGGUAAAUACAAAAUUUAA